CCCAAAACGUCCAUAUGAAACAGAAAGAAGACGUUUCUUCCCUUGCCAACACAACUGGCGUGAAGUGACAACCCCCCAUUAAACUGCCCAGCCCCCGCUACCCAGCUGGCACUGGCCUGGAUCCUGUCUUCCCCUGUUCCAGAACUUUGACUUGCAGCAUUCAUGCGCCGCCUGUCGUUUCCCACGCCUGUUUGGUGAUCACCCUCUGUUUGCUGGCAAACGCCUUUGGCCAACCACUACCUGGCAGUAGUCAUCCCGGGCACACAACGCUGGCGUUUAUGUUCCGAUUUGCACCAUGCGGUUCGCGCUUACGAUCAUAGCCUUCACCUUUUCGGCGCUGUCGACCUGCAGCGCAAACCCCAUCGCCGCCGGGGCGCGCCAGCUCGCCAGGUCCAGCCCACCACCAGUCGAUGCCAUCCCAACGACACUGAGCGACCUCGGCGGCGCCGAGCCGGAAGCGCCCGUCGCCCACACCCCGCCGCUGCAGCGCCACCACCGCAGGGACGAGGCGCCGGCGCCCGAGCCGGCUCCCGAGCCCCAGUCGGAGGCGGCUCCCGAGCCCCAGUCGGAGGCGGCUCCCGAGCCCCAGUCGGAGGCGGCUCCCGAGCCCCAGUCGGAGGCGGCUCCCGAGCCCCAGUCGGAGGCGGCUCCCGAGCCCCAGCCGGAGGCGCCUCCCGCGCCCGUCGAAAACGUCUCGCAGGAGGAGCGGCGGCCGGCCAACACGGUGCCGUCCAAGAUCAACGGCGACGCCAAGGUCCGCAUGACGCUCUUCACGGGCCCCGGCUGCUCGGGCGGCGUCCUCGCCAACGUCUCCAUCACGUACGACAAGCAGAUACUCGACCGCAACUUCACGUGGAACAGCUACAGGCUCGACCGGUCGCUGCGCGCAGACGAGCAGCUCGACUUCAGCCGCCUCCAGAACAACGACCCGUGCGGCCAGUUCAUUUCGCUCCGCCGCGGCACGGCCGGCACACCGCCGCCGCCGGACUGCGUCAAGGACGUGUCCAACUUCAACUGCUUCCGGCUUUGGACGCUUUAAUCGGAGGGGAGGCGGCGAGUUCCGCAGGGUCGGGUCGAAUGGUCUAAUCAACGCCACUCCGUUUUCAUAGUGGAAUCGGACGUGCAUGCAUGUUUUACCUGUAACGUAGAACUCAUCCAUGAGCCAUUUACCUGUGGGGAUUUUCUAGUUCUAGUACUGUAAUUAUUACUAUUUUGCAUGGCGCACACCUGAGCAAAGACGGAAAACUCUAGGGGCUCCAAACCUG